GGAGAAGGAAGGGGGAGUGUGAAGGAUCCUCAUAUCAAAGAACUGUGUGGGUGGAGAGAAGAAACUUGUAGGAGUUGGCACAUUCCUACUUGAAAGGAUUGAGGUGAUUGCAGUUCAUAAAUGAAUAUGGGUCGAGAUGACUUGCAGGAAUGGGCGUUGACAGUAAGGCUUUGAAGUCCAAGAACUGAACCUUGUUACCGGAACUGAAGUGUCUUACAAGAGUGAAUAACGUAAUUCGCAAGAAUGGCAGACUCGGAGAAUUUAAGGAUUGCUCCUGAAAUGCCAGCAAUGUUUGACGGGAUGAAGCUGGCUGCAGUCGCUGCAGUACUCUACAUCAUUGUAAGAUGUCUUAAUCUUAAGAGUCCAACUGCUCCUCCAGAGCUGACUUUCCAGGAUAAUGCACUCUCUCGAUUCUUGCUGAAGUCAUGCCCACUGCUGACCAAAGAAUAUAUCCCACCCCUGAUCUGGGGGAAAAGUGGACAUGUACAGACAGCAUUAUAUGGUAAAAUGGGACGUGUAAGCUCUCCCCAUCCUUACGGUCUCCGCAAGUAUCUCUCUAUGCCUGAUGGAGCAACUGCAACAUGGGAUCUUUUUGAGCCGUUGGCAGAGCAUAACACUGGAGAGGACAUUACUAUGGUGAUUUGUCCUGGGAUAGCCAAUCACAGUGAAAAACAGUAUAUCCGAACAUUUGUCGACUAUGCGCAGAAGCAUGGCUACCGAUGUGCUGUUCUUAACCAUCUUGGUGCUUUACCUAACAUUGAGCUCACCUCGCCUCGUAUGUUUACAUAUGGUUGUACAUGGGAGUUUGGUGCCAUGGUAAAUUACAUAAAGAAAACAUUUCCUCAGACCCAGCUGGUGGUUGUGGGAUUCAGUCUUGGUGGAAACAUUGUUUGCAAAUAUCUUGGAGAGAAUCGAACCAAUCAAGAGAAGGUUCUUUGUUGCAUCAGUGUUUGCCAAGGCUAUAGUGCUCUACGGGCACAAGAAACAUUCCUCCGAUGGGAUCAAUGUCGGAGGUUUUACAACUUCCUAAUGGCAGAUAACAUGAAAAAGAUUAUUUUGUUUCACAGAAAAAUUUUAUUUGGAGAAAAUGAGUGCAAAGCACCAAAUCCUCUGGCAGAUGUAGACAUUAGCAAACUUUAUACAGCAACUUCCCUGAUGCAUAUUGAUGACAAUAUCAUGAGAAAGUUCCAUGGGUAUGACACACUGAAAGAAUAUUAUGAGAAAGAAAGUUGUAUGCACUAUCUUCACAAUAUCCAGGUUCCUCUUCUACUAGUGAAUGCUUCCGAUGAUCCCCUAGUGCAUGAAAGCUUGUUGACCAUCCCCCGUUCGCUUGCAGAGAAAAAAGAAAACGUCAUGUUUGUGUUAACUUUACAUGGUGGCCACCUUGGAUUCUUUGAAGGAGCAGUACUCUUCCCAAAACCUUUAACUUGGAUGGAUAAGCUUAUUGUAGAAUACACAAAUGCCAUCUGUCACUGGGAGAAAAACAAGCCCCAUUGUACGGUAGCUGGAGACCAGAGCUGCUCAGAGUACAGUGAUUAACCUUUGCACAAAUCUCAUUUGCCAAACUCUAAUCAUUUAGCCCUUAUCAUUGUUACAUUCCUGACCUGGGUUUGACUACCUUAAGACUAAUCCCUGCUAUUAAUGUAGCUCAACCAGCAGAAUCAAACUCUUUUAUCACCAAGGUUUAAAUAUGAUUGUAAGGCCCUUUUCUAUGCCUAUCUCCACUAAAAGCAACUUGGAGCACACACAAAAUGAUGACUCACUGUGUUUGCACAACACCACAGUGAUUAGACAUGGGACAAGAGUUAUUCUUGCCAAGGAAUAUCUGAUAUCCGUAGGUUUGGAGCAAAUGAGCCACAUACAGGAUUUCUAGAGGUUAAACGUGUCUUUGCAAGAGCUCAUUUGUUUAAAAAAUUGUGCCUUCUAUUAUAUAUCUUUUAAUUUAUGACAAAAGGCAUUUAUUUUUCUGCCCUGCCAAAAGAUUCAGUUUUGGUCAUUUGAUCAGACUAAGUGCAGCAAAGUGUUUGAGUUUAAUAAAUACAUUUGCAAAGAGAAGACUUUCACUGGCUUUUGUCAUUUUAGAGAAGCUGAAUAUGGAACUCUCUUGGAGGGUGGGGGCAGGGGAACUCUUGCAACAUUAUUUUGUUACUUCUGUUGGCAGCUGUGUGACAGGUACUCCAGACAGAUAUUGUAAAUGUCUUGUUCAGAUGUGUUAUGACAGAUUUAAGGAGAAGGUGGAACUUGAACUUGAGCCUUCUGGUUCAAAAGUAGGGAUGCUACCACUGCAUCACGAGCCGUCCAUAUGAUACUCCAGGAAACAGUUUUGAGCUGGAUGAUCAGCAACUGUGGUGCAGUUUGCCUCUGGAAUAUGUAUCAAAUCUGAGUGUUUGCAAUGACUCAGUACUUAAUACUGUAGUGUUUGAUCAGCACUAUUUUUAGCCUUUCAAAACAGACAAUAGAAUGUCUAUGGAAAUAAUUUUGCAAAAAACUAAAAUAAUUUCCAUUUAAGUCCAUGUAUUUCUACCAGUUUUGUAUUUUUUUUUUCAAAUAUGGAAGCUACUGCAUUGACUCAUGGGCAUGGAAGGUGGUCUAGAUCUACAUUUAUUUAAAAAUCCGUUUUAAAAAUGUUAUUUACUCUGGUUAUAAAUGUUGCCCUAUGUAGAGAUCAUUCCACUGAGAACUUGAUAUAUUCUCAGCCAUUCCAGCAAGUGCAAAGCUAGUUGUGAAUCCUCUUAAAUCGGUUCGGUGGCUGUUCUAUUGCCUAGUGGAAUUUGUAUAUGCACAGCCUUUUAAUAUUUUUGAAUCAAACAGUUGAAAGGAGAUGUAAAUUUCCAGAAAGUUAGUUGAAAUGUUAAUCAGUUUUUAAUGCCUAUUUCUUCUCGCUACUAUAAAACUGUUUCCCAAGUUAUUCCUGAUCUGUGCAGUGUUAAAUGAUUUUGAUUAGGGAAGCAACUGGAAAUGCUUCAGUUAGUGACUGGACUCAGGAUAAUUGGAAAUAAAACAUUGCCUUCCACUUUCCGAUCACUCACUUCCCAAUAAUUUUUUACAGUGCACCCAUUUUUGUGGAAUGGUCUUAGAGAUAUAUGAAUGCAUUUGCUGCCUGGAAAUUGAGGAAGCAUCAUUUGAAGAGACAAAAAUUCAGAAGCCAAUAUUAUCCAAUGUUCCAUUUCUUCUUUGCCCAUUCCAGGAACAGCUGUGUUCUAUUUAGUCGUCCAAUGACAGUGGAUGAGUAUGAGGUUUUGUUCAGUAUCCAGUUAGGUCUUGGAGUUUCAACACUAGGAAAAUAUGAUAUUGGUUAGGGUUAGGGAGUCAAAUGAUGCUCACAUCAGAGAUUCUGUAGUUAAACCCUAAUUGAGUAGUUUCUGUAGACUGAUUUAUGAAACCAAGUUAGAUUUUUGAGUAUUAAUGACUGCUAAAAUAAUUUUGCAAGUUCUGUCAACUGUUCUAAUGGUAAUUCAAUCUGAGUACUUUUUAUAAUAGCAAAAGUAUAAAACUUAUGCCGCAUCCAGUAGAAUGAACACCAGCUUGGCCAAGUCAUUAGUUAUUAAACUAAAGACUGUUGAGUGCAUUUGUAUGUAGUUACCAUCACCAUGCCGGCAGAAGGUCUCUUUGACUAAGUUCAAAUUAUGUAUAAUACUCCACUGUGGAGCUGUGAGGCUGCUUCCAACUUGAGAAGAAAAAUCAUUUAUUUGAAUCUGUGCUUUAAGAUCUGAAAAUUAGGUUAUGAUUCUCUGCCCCUGGUUUUCAAGGCUGUCAGGUUAGCCAUAUGCAAUUGUAUAACGUUGUCAAACAUCUGUGUAUAGAUGUGUUAGCUAAUGCUGUUGCUGUACUUGGGGAGUUUGGUAAAGGGCAGGGAAAGCAUUGGCAAUUACUUAAUCAACUGAAAAGCUUUUAAUAUUAUUGUUAAAAUGGCUAAUCCUAUAGGAAACUUUAUCUGAUCAGGUGAUUAGUGCCUUGAAAACUUCAGUAUGGAUAGUAUACAGUUGGCUUCCAGGCAGCCAGCUCCUGGUAGAAUGAUAGAUUUCUAUUUGUCUGUGUUUCUGGGUGAUGUUUGAUUGUAUAAAAUCUGAAUUUUCCUGCUUGAAAAUCGGACUGUGUCGAUGUGCAAAAAAUGACCUCUUAUCAUGUUGUUCUGGAAGCGUUACAAUUCUACAACAUUUUUAAGCCAUUUAGAAAUUGCUUGAUGAUUUCUCCUUAAAAGAAGGAAAUCAGUUUCAAACUGCUAAAGUCAAACUUCUCACUCCCUGGAAUAUCUUGGGCUAACGUUGGUCUGUUGAUGGUUAACUUUUAUGGGUGCUUCAUCUGAUUUUUACUUAUUAUAGGUGGUAGAAUUGAUGUAAUGAAGACCAAAGACAACAUAACUCCAUUAUCCCAUGUUUAGCAGUUUCAUUAUUCAGGUGAAUUCACAUCUGAAUGAUAUGCUGGAGAGGUAGGACAUGAUGGAUAAGAUCUGAACUUUGUGGUAUCUAUUAGGGCACUUGUAAUUUGAAAAGCUUCUAGUUACGGCAUUUGGUAUGUACAUAGGAGUAGCACUUAAGGUUUAUGUUGGGCAUGCUAAAGAUAAUUAACCAUUUUGGCACAUUUUAGUCUAGGUAAAAUGGCAUAUAGAUGUGUUUACAUUUGACUAACCUACCUAUGCAAGAUCCUUUUUCCAAGCCUCCUUGACCAAGAUUGAGGUAUAAUUUAUUGCUAGUCAAGUAAAGAUUCUUUAACUGCAUUUCUUGUGCUCAAUUCAGCUGCAAAUCAUUUCAGUACUGCAGUGCAUUAAAUGGCACUUGAACAUCAAGCCUUGACAUUCUCUUAGUGAAUGUAAUAUACAUUUUAGGAUUAGUGAUUUGGUAAGUGUAAUGACUGCAGUAAUCUGCAGUAACUUGCUCCAACAGCACAAGUUAUUAGCAACUUGACUAGUUGAGACUAAUAUCAACAAUGUUGGAUAGGUAUCCUUUCAAGGCCAGUUGGUUGAGUUUUUUUUAAGAACCAUAAAUAACCAUCAGUAAAAUGCUGCCUUUCCUUUGUUAUUUUGUGGUUUUGUUUUUGAACAUUUUCCUUCAACACAUUUUAGUCUCUAUUACGCAGACUGAAAGGUGCAUGCUGAAUAUCUUAUUAUAGGACCUUUCUCAUUUUCACUGCAUGUUGGAGGGUGAAUUGUAAUAGAUCAUGGACAUACGCUGCAAGAUAAUGUUGGUAAUUGUCAUUUAAUAACUUUUUGUUUUUGUGAGGUUUUGAGUCUAAUAUUGCUAUUUCCGCAAUUAAACGAGCAAUCUGGCCUUUAUAAGAAGAAUACUGUGAGCUAAUUAUUUGAAACAAAUAGUUUCAUUGAAAGCUUCUUUUGGAGUUGCAAUAUCCUCAUUGGUUUCAACAUUUCAUCAUUGCAUUGUGUUUGGAAUUGCAGUUCUAAGGUGUAGUCUAUAAGCGCACUCUACUAUUUUGAAUGAGUUAGACCUGCCAAGAACUGUGUAAUUAGGAGACUGGUGAGUUUACGUCUUUUUUUUCUUUUGCAUAUAACCUCAACGUCAGAUACAAAGUGAAAAUGUAGAGUUUUGCCUGCCUUUGACUAGCUUGCCAAUGCACAAUCAUUCUUUGAAAUGCAUUGCUGAAGAUUAGGGCAUAAGAAAAAGGUUUUGAUUUACGCUUUUAUAAUAAAUGUCUGUUGUCAGGACUGUGGAACUAACAUAUACUUGUCCAUGAUCUAUAACAUCGAGUCACAAGUCCUUAAAAAGCUUGGUAAAGAUGUCCCUAAAAUCCCAAUUAUAUGUAAAAUAAUGAGCAAUCUUGAGCAGUUUGAAGAAUUGAACAUUAAACGAGCACUUUAGUAUAAUGAUAGUAGGAACUGCCGAUGGUGGAGAAUCUGACAAAAUGAGGUGUAGAGCUGGAUGGACACAGCUGGCCAAGCAGCAUCAGAGAGGUGGGAAAGCUGAAGUUUCGGGCCUAGACCCUUCAGAAGAAGAGUCUAGACCCGAAACAUCACCUUUCCUGCUCCUCUGCUGCUUGGCCUGCUGUGUUCAUCAGCUCUACACCUUGUUACUUUAGUAUAAAUAUGCUUUUACCAAAUAAAUCCCUGUAUAAGCACAGCAGUCCUGUCAAGUUCCUGUUUGUGGUAAUGACUGGAGUCUUGCUUUGAACUUUCACAUCUUGAUCAAGUUUUAGUGAUUUUGUUCCUUAUUCUAAUGAAUAUUUAGUUCUCAACUUCCUGUCUGUUCUGUUAAUUUUGGUAGCAAACUUAGUUCACAAAUGAAACUAAGGUAAAUCUGGAAAUAUUAUUCAUGUAAGGUAGUUUUUUAAAACCACUGCAACAGCCUAUGAAUACCAUUAGUUUAGGAGGAUCUGCACUUUGGCCGAUGCAGCUUUACCAUAAUAUAAAGCUGGUUUUAAAAUCUCUAUAUAAAUAUGCUCCAAAUAGUUUCAAGGGAAGUUUAAUAGCAUGACACGCCUUUAUUAACUUCUAAGUGCUGAGCAGAGGUUCUUCACUCUAAAAAGCAUUUUAUUUUAAUUAAAUUUUAACAAAUAAAUAAAGCUCAGAUUUGAUUGAAAUUUGUAAAUCAAUUCAUGGGAUGCAGUGCUAAGAUAUCAUGUGAACCUAACUGAAGAGAAUGUCCAAAUAAUUCAUUCUUUUUUAAUCCUUUUUUAUUUCUUUUGAACUUUACCAGUUUUACCAGAAUAAAUAAGGGAAAGUAUUUUUGCCCGUGUAUCAGACCAUCAGUUAUAAGUAGAAAACAGAAAUGCAAAAUAUUUUAUGUCCUGUAAUGGUUUGUACUGUCAAAACUUCACUGUCAUUCACGUCCUGAUGUCUUUUGAUAUCUUCCCUUUAAGAUAUCCAUAUGCCAACAAAUUAAUUCUGUAUUUUCAUAAAAGCAGAAUUUAUUGAUAAUGUACACCUGUAUUUGGAUAAUGUAUGGUGUUACAGUUUCUAUUUAGGCGAUUAAGACCAUAUCAGAAAACGUAAAGUUACUGCAAUCAUUCAGAUCCCCGCAACACAUUCUAUGUUCUGUGUCCUUGUUGAAAGGCAUGAAAGUUCCAGAGUAAUACGGCUUAGCUUAUAAUAUUCAACAGUCCUUUAUUAACCGCUAAUAUCCUAUGAAAGUGUCACUAUCCUUAACAAUGUUUCAAUCAAUGUUUAUGAUGAGUAGAACUAAUAUCUGCACUGUUUGACAUGAACAUAACAUUGAUUAAACCAAGGUUUUCCACAAUGUUCUGCAUUAACUGCUAUUCAUUUUUAUUUGUGUUCACAAUAAGCUGUCUUUUUAUACAAUAGGUAAAUAAUUAUUAAUUUUGGAGGAAAAACUUUGAACUAUUUUGAGGGAAAUUUGUGUUUUUUCCUUCCCAAAGAAAAUAACUGGCUAUUGUAAAUUUACAAUGCUCUCUCGCUCUGCCCCCUCCCCACUUAUGCACUUAAGAUAUUAUACUAUAGGUUAAUGUUUACAGAAAUUGCACAAUAUGAUUUUAAUACCACCUUUCAGUCUUCUAUUUGCUGAGGUUAUUGUUGAACCAUAUUCUAUUUUAGUUGUUAUUAUUUGGUGUGUUGAAACCAAGCCUAGAAGAUGCAUUGACAUUGAAUUGGUGCAUUCAGAUACUGAUUAUAUGUUUAGAUAUUUGUUCUAUUGAUUCCAGUUUGCCUUUCUCCUGUUUUAAGAAAAUAAAUUUUGUUUCUCUAUAACUUUAUUUUUCUGAUCACUUCACAGAAUAGAUCUACAAAAGAAAUGUACUAAGUUGUAGAAUUCCAGAAACACACAUCUCUCAAACAUUUGAUGGAAAAUAAGGACAUUUUAUAUAGUGCCUUUAGUGCUCUCAGGAUGUUCACAAAGCAUUUCACAAUGUAUAAGGUACCUUAAGCGUGAUAUCUGGCUGCUGUGUUUUUCUGCAUUUCAGUAAUUUGUGUACAGCAAUGUUCCACACUUGCCAUUGAUUUAAUUUUAUAGUAACAUUGAAGGAUAAAUAUUGGCCAAGCAACAGAACUUCCCUACCACCCACUUCAAGUAAUGCUGUGGAAAUUUUUAUACACAGUUAAGGGGGAAGCUGGGGAUCUCCAUUAAUUCAGUCCACUGCACUAAAUUUUUUUGCACUUUAAUGUUGACAAUUUUUGACAGCAAAGUGAAAUACCCUCAUAGGUUAAGAAUUCCACCAUAAGAGGAAAAAUAAUUUCCCAUGACAGUAAGCAUCUCUAACAUACCUCUUUCUUCUUCAAGUUACAAGUAUAAUCUACACACAACUUCAGGAUUUGCAUUAGUUCAGCAUACACCAAUGGAAAAACUUGCAGAAUUCAUCUGAGGAAGUGUCACCGGACCCAAAUCGUUAACUGUUUUCUCCUUCACAGAUGCUGCCAGACCAGCUGAGUUGUUUUCAGCAACCUUGUUUUUGUUCCUGAAUUACAGCAUCCACAGUUCUUUUGGUUUUUAUUUUACGGAAUUCGUCAUUGGAUGUGGAUAUGUAAAUUAUGAAUUGGUAAUUUAAUUUAAGACACUGCAAAUUUCAAAAACUUUUAAUGUGAUAAUACAAAGAUUUUUAGUAGAACUGCAUAUGACUGAUACUGCUUAAUGAUUUUGAAAGAAAACAAAUCCCUUGAACCUUCUCAAACUGGGCAUUUUGUUUUAGUCCUGUUUUAAUAUAUUUUGUUUCUUUUGUGUUGCAAAUCCCUGAUCCUGUUUACAAUACAGUCCAAUAGAUUAAAAAUUAUUGAUGUAAAUCGAAGGAUUUGUUAAUCACAUUUAGAAAAAGAUAAAAGUACAGCUUUAAAAAAGAAUUGCGAUCAGGGGAUAUGCUCCACAGUAUGCACAUCUUUAACAGCUGCAGUUGGUUUCUAAUGUACUGAUAUAGCUAUCUCUACAAGUAUGGUCAGAAGCUACAGUUUUGUUUGGCUUGACUUGGCCUGUGACAUAGAAUAUUCCAUAAUGGAGAUUUCUUAGUAAUGCAAUAAUGUUCAUUUGUGAGAUUUAGGGACCUUUCAUGUACCUUUUUUAUAAAAAACACUCUGGAGGUUCAAACAUCUGACAGAAAAUCUUUUUGAAGUCUAUCUGUUUUAAAUUUUGUAAGGAUUGAUAGUAAAAUUUGUGAAUGGCAAAAAUUAGUCAAUAAAACCAGGAAAAAAACACAUCACCUGUGUCAGCAUUGGGACGCUGUCUUUUUUGGAUAAUGACCGGCAGUUGUGUAUUUCCAAUAUUUUGUUUCCUUUAAUAUUGGAAAUGGGAGCCUUUCCUAUAACUGUAAAUCAUAUGAAUUGUAAGCCCUCUUCUGUUGAAUUGAUCUGUUUGUAUCAAAAUCCCCCCCCACUUUACCACAAAUAGCUUUCCAAUGAAAGUGUUUUCCCUCUCUGGGGCAGGAUUUGAACUUGGGUGUCUGCAGGGGUGACUGGUUUUGUUCCUUGCUCCUUUUUAUAAUUUCACCUUUUCGGAUGAAUCUUGAUUAUGUUUUAUCUUGCUGUUAAAAUUUCUAUCCAGGAAUAUUCAACAUUGUAGGAUUGAAUUAGAUAAGUGCAUUAAUUGUUUUUAUUUCACAACCUGUUCACUGGCUUGCAUUUCUCCAGACAGAGCAAUGCAAGUCUCGGCCAUGAUCCUCUAGGUGCCAGAUCCUGGCAAACUCUGCCUGGCAGCUAGGAAAUUAUGUGGGAUCAGAAUUGGCAGUCUUUGGCAUAGACACCAAGGCAUGCAAAGGUGGAAUCCAAUUGAAGUGCAAUUUAUAACCACUGUUUACAAAUGACUGUAUAGAAACAUUGAGCUGGGGCCAGAUGUUUUUUCUGAAUGUGAUCAUUAGAGAGUCAUCACCACUAAUAGUAACAGGUUCAGGACAGGCAGAUAGAAACUUAGGGGCCUGCUUGUGUAUCAUUACUAUAUUUGUUGCUAGGACUGAGGACAUCAGAAACUGGGGUGCAAUAUAAAAAGAAAGCAGUGCCCUUUGACCUUCCUUGUGUCUCUUUAGGAAAUGUUCCUUCUAUUUGACUCUAGGUGAAACCCACCCAACUGAGAAAAGCAAUUCAAGUGAUUGAACUGCCCUGAGGCUUGACCUUGUGCCUUUGUAAUGAUAGUCUAUUCAAGCUAAAAGGUAUUCACUCAAGAAUGAAGUUAAGAAAUGUUAAUGGAAGGAUUACAGCCUUUUGCAAACUCACAGCAUAAAUCUGUUUCUUUGUAGUCCUGUGCAUAGCAAUGUGCAAUUUAAUGAGAAAUGACUUUAUUCCCCAGUUUUGCUUUAUUCUUGUGGCUUUUGCAGUAGUUUUAUUUAAAUUUUUUGAAGGAGUAGAGGUCAUGUUUGUUAGAUUCACAUGAUUUCAAUGGAUGGCUCCAUUUCAUUUCACACUUUGACACUUGCACAAUAUUCCUGACAAAUCCAUGUAUCGGUUGGAGUGUGUCAAUAGGCCGUCCUGGAACAGAGCUAAGGAUGAUUAUUACCAGAGUGCCAAUUAUCAGAUUCUAAACAAACAACUUACAUAUAGAAAGGAUCUUUGCGAGGGAUCAGGUGUUUUAAAAAGUGUUCGGGUGAUCACUGUCUUGGAGGCCUGAGUAUACAAAGUACCAUAGCAAAUUAUAAUAUAAAUAAAGUGAAAUGUAACUGGACAAAGGAAUAUGGGGUCAGGGUGAGGGUGCAGAAAAGAUUGGUAUUUGAAUAUGCACGUGUGUUCAAUUCAAAGUUUGUAGGCAUAUGAGAAGGCAAAAUUUUUGUGUAAGUUUUAUGUUUCAAGUUUAUCCAAAAUAAAACAUUUGCAGCCCUGUUAGCAAUAGUUGGAUGUCUUUAUUGCAUACAUUUGAUGGGCACUUCUCAUGCUGAUGAGCGUGCAAUUUUUGCAGUGUUGAUAUUGGAGACCUUUAGCAAACCCACAAGCGCAAUGCCCUGUGUGAUCUGUUAUUCCUGGAGAAUCAAACUAUCAAGUGAUAUUCUGAAUUUUAUUCAGCACCACAAAAUCAAUAGGAAUUACAGUAAGAAGCAACUAGCAAUGCAAUGUUCCAAACAUAAUAAUGUUUACCUACAAAUGAAAUAGAAUUUUGUUCCUUUGUGUUGAUUUCUAAGCAAUCUGCUUGUUGACCUGUAUGGAAUUGUGCAAUGUAUUUAAAUAGUUACACUUCCACUGUUUUCUUUAUUGCAUUAAAAUUGUUGCAGAAUUUUAUAGAUUUUAUUUGAAU